AUGGGGAGAAUGAUGGAGAAUGAGAUGGGGAACAUCAACCGAACGCCAACUCUGGUGACCUUAGAGGUGACCAACAGCAACGCCUCCGCGACCCCCCUGCAAGGCUUCAAGACGGCCUUCGGUGGCGGUCGCAGCUCGGGCUUCGGUGCGGAUGCGCAGCUCGUGGAGCGGCGAGCAAAACGGCGAUGGAGUGUCCAGAGCCCUUGGAAGACCUUGAUGUUGGAUGAUUUUGGGCUCCGAAUUCCUGUCAGCCUGUUUCAGGUGUCAAUCUUGGAAAGGAAGACCCAGACGCAAGAUGAUGACUCAAAACCCAUCCGAUGUUUCUCAGGUCUGAUCUACGAGAAUCUGGAGAAGAUGAAGAAAUUCGAGCCAAAGUACCGCCUGAAGCGUGCCGGUCUGGGCGGCGAGAAGAGCGGUCCAGGACGCCGUGCCAAGAAGGACACCAAGAACAGGAUGAAGAAGGCUCGCGGCAAGGAGAAGGCCAAGGACUACCUGGAGACAGACCUUCGAACCUUGCUGCAGAGUAUCUCCUUGCGGCGCUCUUUGGUGUCGCUACGUGCCACAGGCCAUUUGUUGGUUGGCGCCUGUAAGAUCUAUGUGAAGAAGUGCACCUUCUUCGAGGAGGAGGCGGAGGAAGUGCGAACUGCACUGAUGAUGGCGUUCAGCCGCCCCUCCGAUGCCCAGGAGGACAUGGCUCCACAAAUCCGGGAGGUGAGAACCCAUACAGCUCCGCCAGAUCAGGCUCUCUUGGGUGGCAAGAGGCACAUGGCCCGCAUCGAGGACAUUACUCUGAAGGACUCUGGCAGGACAUCGAUUCCAUCGGUGUCAUUGCAAGAGAACGAUGACCUCUUUGGUUCGUUGUCUCAAAUCGAGCUAGAGGAGGUCAUGCGCGCGGUGCGGAAGAGGGUCCUCCCCAAGAGCGCUUUGGAGGAGCUGGACUCCAAGACCUCCAUCAACGACUUGGACUUUGAUACUCUUCCGCUGGUGGCGCUUUCAGACAAGCCGCAGGUGGAGGAGGAAGAGGAUGUGCAAAUGCUAGGCGACGGUGAGGAGGAUGUGAUGCCCAUGGACCUGAAUGCCGGCAUCGAAGAUGAGGCCACACCAGCUCCAUCAGCGCACACGCCUGCGCUGCAUACUUCGCCAAUUCUGCUGGGUGCCGCGCAUACCUCGCCAAUUCCUUUGCAGGGUGAGGAUGACUUGGACCAGGUCGCUGCGCAGGCGGCCCUGCAAUUGGUGCCCUUCCCGAAUCCCGUCGUGGCUCGGCAAUUGCUGACCUUGGGCGAGGAGGAGCGACAGGCGGUGCUGACCUUCUUCCCAGCGCCCAGGAGAGAAGAGGUUCAGAUACUCUUGGAUCAGGCACCAGAUCCGAAUGCCCCAGCCAGCGCACGAGCCGCGUAUGCGAGGUAUCAGGCGCCUGAGCCGUUGCCGCUGGAACCUGGUGCCACGGUCGCCGCGCCCUUUGAGAGGUACAAAUUCAAACUCAUCAGCGUCUCCAAUAGUGGCUCCCAAAUAACCCUGGACUCGUAG